GUCGCGCCCGCGCGCAGCUCUCAUCUCUUGAAGCACAGGUUACCUUCAUAGUCAUAGUUUUUCCCCCCCGUAUUCUCUCUUCUUAGAGAAUAUUUAGGAUUUUAAAAAAAGUUCUUCAGACAUUUUCCAUAUUUCGCAGACGUACUGGUUUAGAUUUCCCUUACAUUAGGAUAUACCUGGCACCAACUAACUGGUAAAGUAAAGAGAGAUAUAAAACCAACCAAUCAGAAGCAGCGGUAUAAUUCUUACAGAUCGAAAGUAGGACGGAAAUUAAUUUUAGUGCAUUCGCAUGGUGGGACUAAAGUCUAGUCAAUUAACUAGUCAUCGGAGGUUUAUAAGCUGUAUACUACAUGUGAGGCAUUAUGUGGAACUUAAAUAGCAUGAUAAACCAGUGUGUUAAGUGUGGAUCUAAAUUUACAUCGACGGAGAAGCCGUUGAAACUUUUGCCAUGUCUUCAUUCGAUGUGUUUAGAUUGCUUGUAUGGACGAACUGCGGUUCGCGAACUAUCGCCAGUGUCGGAAAAGGCGGGUCAAGAGGAGAACCAGGCAAAUUUGUGUAAAGAGGCGGACAAAAACUUGACUGAUUUGGAUAAAAAUCAUUUAGAUGAAUUAGACGAUAUUGAAAAUCAUACAGACGAAUCAAAGACAGAUGAUAAUAAUGGUGUCAAUGGUGUGAUAGUAGUUAAAGAGGCCGGUGAUGAGUUGAAAAAAAGUGAUGGUAGGCCUAAUGAACAAGGUCCGAAUAUUGAAACCGAAAGGGAGGACUCCAAUCACGCGAACAGUAAUAUUAUUAAUGGUUUAGAGAAAUCUCCAAAAACACAGUCUCAGAUAAAUGAAAGUAUACAUAACAUAACUGAAGCUGGUCCAUCGGUAUCUUUAGUAGAAAAUAUUUCAAGUGAAAAGGAGGCGGAGAGACAAAAAAAUAUUGACAAAGAGUUGAAAGACAAAAGUUAUGGAGACCCGGAUUCUGUGGAUAUUAAACCAAAGCCAGUCACAGGUAUAUACACAAUAUUUCCACUAAGCAAAGAUAAUGAUAAACUACUCUAAUUUUUAUCUCUUGUGCCAUCAACUUUGUUGUAAAUGCUUAUUUAGGUGUGAGGUGUGCCAUGUAUUUAUUAUUAAAAUUAGCCUUUAAGUCUACGCCUAGAUUGAUAAUGGCUGCCUAAAUGCCUUAAGUGUUUAAGCCUAAGUAAACUGAUAUUAUGCAUUGGCAGUUCUGCAAAUGUAAUAAAUGCUUUGCCUUUACUGCUUUAGCCUUUACUUUGCCUUGGAUUUGUUUAAAGCAUGUUUGCAUGCCAUUUCAUUUAUUUUCAUGAUCAUGAAUUAAGUUUGAAAAAAGUUUAAUUAAAUUCACUUAACUUCUAGUUUUACACAGUCUAUACAAUACAGGCACAUGAAAUCUAUGCAGAUUGAACAAACUUUUAAAGUUAAAUUGUUAGGCCUAUGGAUUUUAUAUUAUCCAUCUACCGUCUAAAUUAUGUUCCCAAGUCCAAGUCAUUAGAUUUUAGUCUUAGCUUGUUGUUAAAGUUAAACAUUUAAUAAUUUAGUUUUAGGAUUUUAAAAUCGAACAGAUGAUUUAAAUUAAAAGUUUGUUUGUAUUGAUGCCAGGGCAGUUGACACAAAAAUUAACCAUUAAUAUAACUAAUUUACUCAGGUGAAAGUGAAAGUUUGGUUAAGUAUGAAAAAAUUAUGAAUAUUAAGGUGUUGUAAUAAUAACAGUAGGUGAAAAUGAAGACAAGUUAUAGUUUUUAUACUUAAGAUUUGGUCAAAAAGUAUUUUCAGAAGUAAUUUCCAAUUUGGUUCUGUAAGUUACGAGCUUGAGUAUAAAAACCUGCCCUGAUUCGGUUGAAUGCCUUUUAGUUUAAGGCCAAAUUUACAUUUAACUGUUUUUUUUUGGUAAGCGUAUCAUAUUGAUUCAAAAUGAAUAGUUUCCCAAAUGUUAAUUGUAUAUUUAUGUUUUUGAAUACUGACAAUUAUAAUGGAAAUAAAAUUGUAAUCAGGUUGCAGAUAUGUUCAUUGGCUCCAAAAAUUUUCCAUUCAGCCACACUCAGACCUUUCUAAAUAAAAGUAUAAGAUAAGGAAAAAAACCCAACCCAGCUCAAUAUAUAUAUUUUAUAUAUAUAAAAGCUCUUGUUGAGCAUACUUAAUAAAUAAGUAAGAAUAGUAAAGAUGUUGGGGCCAAUUGUCAAUCUAAUGCAGGGUGUCCUCAAGGCCUACAUGUUAUAAGGUCCUAACUAUUUCUAAGUGUAACAAAACCAAAGUGGGGGGGGGGGGCUUAUUUAUAGUUGGGCUUUCUAAUCAAUAGUUUACCAUAAACUGUAUAAAUACUUUAGUUCGAAUUUUUUCUCCCAUUAUAAACUUAAAUAAAAUCUCUUUUUUCUUAAGGGGGGGGGGGGGAUAUUUAUAGUUGGGCUUUCUAAUCAAUAGUUUAUCAUAAACUGUAUAAAUACUUUAGUUCGAGAUUUUUCUCCCAUUAUAAACUUAAAUAAAAUCUCUCUUUUCUUAAUAGCAGCUUUCAUUCAUCUCUUGUAUAGCUUAUACAAAACUGAGUCCAUUGUUAUUUAAAUAGGCAGGGGCUCCUAACUGGGUCACAGCUGGGAUCUUUAUUUUCCAAGUUCACAAAACCUUGCUUAGUUUUUAAACUAAAAUUUUAGAAGAAAAAAAAUUGUCAUAGUAAUAAAAUGUUAUAACAUCUGCAGUUUAAUAUUUUUGAAACAUAAAGCCUUAAUACUAUUAAUACAAGUCUCUUUUUAAAAACAUGUCAAGCAGUAGCCCAUAAAAACGAUGCUCCUUUUAAAUUCCAACAAAAGAGAUAUUAGGUUGGGCCUGGAAAAUCCCAAUAGUUACCUUGUACAAGGGCAUAUGACAGUUUGUAAACAUUAACUUUUUUUUUUUUUUUUUUUUUUUUUUUUUUUUUUCUUUUUUUUUUUUUUUUUUUUUUUUGCAGUUUGACUAUAUUGUUGGCUUUGUCAGUUUGCUAUGAGCCAUAAGCAUUUUAAAUUUUAGGGGGUCUAAAAAAAUUUUGUUGGAAAUUUAGAAGAAAUAAAUACUUAUAAUAAUUUUUUACUAUAAACCAUAAAGGGCUAAAGCAGUGAAAUAAAAAUGCCAAAGCAUUUUAAUUUUAGUAACUGAGAAUUUAAACCUUGAAAGGUAAAAUAUUUAAAAAAAAUUUUGCUGCAGAUUUAUUUUAAAAUGACUAUUAAAAAUGUUUAUUUACUUUUGUGUUAUGAAGCAAUAUCAAUAUCAGAUAUUAGUGAAGACACUGUGCUAUAUAUAUAAUUUUCUUUUUUUUUUUUAGAAUGUUAAAAUCAGCAACAUUUUGAAUUUUAAAUUUUUUUUUCCCUGACCCUAAGAAACCUAAACAAUUAUAUGCAAAAUUGUUAAGAGGUAGGGAAGUGAGUUAAUAGCAAUUAUGUAUCAUUGAUACAGUGGUAACAAAAUUUUUAUGUCAAAAUUUAUUUUGGGAGAUGCCAUUUAUGUAUCUUAUAUGUCUAAGUAUAAAGACUUAUAAGACUACUUUAAAAGUUAUUUGUGCAACAGUAAAUGCAAUAUUUUGCAAUCUUUAAAAAAAGUGAAUCUUCUAGGCUCUUCAUUGUUUAGUUACUGUAGUCACUUUAAAAGUGUAACCAGCCAUGUGUGUCAGAGGUAUGCAUUGCGUUAAAAGAAACUGUAAAUGCAAAAGAAUCUGUAUAAUGCAGGGCAUGGAAAGCAUAAGAUUAGUCAGCAUUGUUUGUACAAAGAUUAAUUUACAGAGUGGUGGGUUUACUAUUUUAUAAUUGAGACAUGAUUUUAAAAAUUCAAGUUAUUUUGACUCACGCUGCAGCUUAGAUUGAGUACUCUUUUUAAGACAAUUUCUGUUGACUAAAGAAAUCUAUAAUGUCUCACCUCAUCAUAUUCAAUUUUAUAAUGUCUCACCAUACCAUACUCAAUUUGAACAGAGUGCCCAGUGUGUCGGGAUCCUAUAGAGCAGCCAGGUACAAGCCUGAUGGAUAAUAUGUUUGCUGCUUUGGAUCCUGACCAGACAAUGCCUCAGCAGAACAAUAGCAAACAUAUGUGUACAGCUUGUGACGAGGGGGAAGAAGCAGGCUCAUACUGUUUGCAGUGUGAGGAAUGGCUUUGUGACAGCUGUGUGGAUGCCCACAAGCGUGUGCGGAUCACUAAAGACCAUACAAUAUCACCUAAAGAUGAGGUAAGACAUUUGGGUUCUGUACUUUCCUUGCGAUAUUCAAACAUUUCUAACAGUACAUUGUACAUGCCUGUGGCGCAUAAGCUGUUAAGUGUGCAUUGGUUCUGAAGCGUUCCACAUACUUUGUGAUUAUCAUCAGCUUCUGACAGCUAUAAAGCUGAUAUUUUCUUUCAACGCCAGUAUUAUUACUACUUGGACUUGGAUAUGAUAGUUUAUUCAACUUUUUCAAGUUUGUACAUUUUAUCAACACUUAUGGAAAGACUUGUUGCAAACAUUUUAAGAACCUUUUUUCAAGAGGGUCCUUAGAUUCUGAAACAAAUGCUUUCUUAUAAUCACUCAAGGCAUGGCCAGAUGGUGUGCAACAUUUUAUGGGUGCACCUCACUGAUUUAUUUUAUUUCAUAUUGUAAAUAGUAAAACCUCAGACACCAAAAAGGAACAUGAUCCCUAUGUCGCUCACACCAGGUAUACAUACUAGAAGAAGUAACACAUUCAUUAAAAGUCACCAUUUACCUUAUUUUGAUGCAGCUCAUAGUACUUGCUGCAUUUAAGUAAUAGAAACAAUUAAAAAAAAAGGGAUCUCAGGUCCUUUAAAGAAAUACACUUACAGAACUUGCUAUGGUUUUGCACCUAAUAAUUUUAGGUCCACUUCAAACUAUUCCUCAAAGCAAAAUAACUUGCAAAGAACUAAGAUAUAUAAUAUUGAGCUGUUUAAAUUUGCUGAUAGUUGGUUUGAACAGUCCCCUAACAUUGAGCUCUUCUAAAGGGGGAAACAAAUUCUGGCUUUGUUGAAUUCUGGAAUUGCAGGUUGAAAUGUCUUUCUCAAAAGAAAAUCUGAGGAAAAUAUAUUUUUUCCCCUCUUAUUCAUCACAAAGUUAAAUAAGAGAAUUAAUUCAUUUCAGUAGGAUGAUUUGUUCCUUAACUUUCAAGGUUACUGCAGUCAAAAUUACCAGCAUACGUCAGUGGUGUAUUGAGACACUAAAUAAAUUCUUAAAAUGAUUCAAUGUUAAUUUAAAAGGUUGUAUUACUAAUAUAAUGGAAUGCAGUUUAAACAGUAUCAAAAAUGAAAAAAUAAAGAGAGAGCAAGUUUGGUAGUUGUAUCUAAAAGGAUGAACAGGUGGUUUCACCCCAGCCUGCUAACUUCCUUUCAUCUUUGUCUGUAACCCCUACAAGGACAAGGUCAGUGAACCUGAUCCAUUGGCAGUGACUAGGUUAGGAAAGUGCAGUGUGGGGAUUUCCAUGAAGCAACUCUUGGCUCAGCAUUACUUCAAUGAUACACCAAUGUCAUGGAGGCUGCUUUAGAGCCAAUAGUUGAAAAGGGGGCAACUUAAUCAUUGACUUGACCCCAUUUUCUUCUGGGGGUGAAAGGCACUCAAGUUUUGCAUUGGUAAUCUGACUUUGGUAUAAAAAAAAAGAUAAUCUUGCCUAAUUAUAUAUUUGAACUAUAGGUUUGUCUUAUUUGUAUCUAUUAAUGAAGAUCAUGUCAUAUUUAUACCUAAAUUACAAGAUUUGCUUUGUCUCUCUCUCUCUUACUAAUAAACCUCACCAGCCCCAUCCCCCCUUAACAUACAAUAUUUAUAGUGGUGUCCCCUUUUCAUUUUUAUGUUAGGUGAAAAGCCAAAUAUUUAAUAUCUAUGCCAUAUGGGUCAAAGAGGUAAAAUUAUUUAUUCUGGGUGGGGUACAUUUCUCCAGGGGGGGGUAUAUUUAUAGAUAGGCUUUCUAAUCCACAUUGAGUUGCAAAUAGGAGUAUUAACCCCCUGGAAAGAUAGUGCACAAAUCACUUCAUAUAUUUUGAAAUUUAAGUUAAUUAAUCCAUCAAAAUACAUGUCUUUAACCUUCCUCACGCACAAAAUAAAAAAAAGGGGGGGGGGGGGGGGGUUAAAUUAUAGGAUAAGAAGUGCUUGGGGUAAGAUGGUAUCAAAUGUCUGAUUCAGUCACAAGCCUAGUUUGGAGAGGCAUGGCAAUUCUUAGAUGGUACUGGUCACUAGAUGAAUGUAAAGGGGGGGGGGGGCGGGGGAGUUGACUUGAGUUUAAGAAUUUGCAGAUGGUGGACAAGUUUUUGAUAUUAUGACAGGUGGUGUCAUAUAGAUAUAUGAUAUUAUAAACAAUAAAUCACUCUACAGAUAUCUAUGAAGUGAAAGGGAUUGUUUGUCUUAGGCGAUAGUAGGUACAGUUAUAAAUAGGAUGAUUUUAGUUUGGUAUGGUUGGGGUAGAAAUGUAAUUUAAAAAUGUGACUCCCAAGUAUUAAAAAAAAAUUCAUAAAUUUGUGUCAACAUCCCCCCACCCCACUCCUGUCCUGUUGCAUGACAUCAUAUAUGGAUGGCCUAUAGCCCUACUUUGAUUUUGUUGUUAGGAAGUACUUGUUUUGAUCAGAGCAAUCAUUUAAUAUGCACAAUUUAUUUUAAAAAUUAUAAACUAAACUUUAUUUUAAUAUAAGGACAGGAUUUUAAAAAUUUUAAAUUAUAUCUUGCAAUUAAAAACCCUCAUAAUUUUUUUUUAGCAGCUGCAAAUUGUACGGUAAACUAAGUAUUGAGAGGGAUUCACCUCUGGAAAAUUGUAAUUUAUUUUUCUCUUCAGUACUUUGCUAAGUACUUUGCUAAGACCUAGUAAUACCAGGGCUAACAGUAACCAGCAGAUGAAUAUUGAUUUUUCUAGAUGGGGAGAAAACUGGUAUCAUAAAUAUUGAUUUUUUUUUUUUAAUGACUACUUCUAUACCCUUAAAUGCAACAUUGAGAAAUACUUUGUGACAGAUUACUGCAUAUUAUUAUGCUGCCAGGCUUUAUUGCCUCUUCAUCAUUGGAAUGAUUGCUCUGAAAUGACACGAUGAUUGUAUAAUGGAGACAGCUGUUUGAUCUUAGCUGCUCUGCCUAUAAAUUAAAUUUUAAGUCUUUGACAUCUUGAGUGAUGGUGUUGUUUAACCAGCUAUUAGUCUCAAACGUCCGGUAAUCAUUUUUGUUUUAUAACAAGCCAGCAGUUAAAACCGUUGUUAAUAAAUGGAUGAGAUGGACGCAGCUCAGUUUUUGCAAACUGAAACGUUAAGAUGUCUUUUUUAUUUUUGGGCAUUUAUAUAGUUCUGAUUAUAGGUUAUGAAUAGUGUUAGAUCUAAUUUUUACAUAAGAACUAUAAAAAUUUAACACAUUUCAUCAUUUUGAAGUGAAAAUGCAAACUGAAUUAAAACCAAAAAUAGGUUUGAAUGAAAACCAAAAUAGGUUUGGUCACUUUAAAAGUUGUUUCAUAGGACUCCAAUUCUCAUGGACAAGUAAAAAAAACAAGCUCAAAGACAGCAUAACCAUAUUAAGUCUAUUGGUGUAAAUUUGACCAAUAUUUGCUGCCGAUUUUGAAAUCUUAGUGUGGAGUGCAAAAUCUAUGCAACUAAUUAUGACAAAUUAAAAAACAACAACUUUAAAUUAAAAAUAUGAAGUUACCUGUGCCAAAGCUAAUAUCUAAUAAACUUUACUGCCUCCCCGAUCUGUAAUGUACCUACCUGAUAUGUUUCAAGUAAAGCCAAUAAAAUGAUUAUUGGUUUUAAAUCUGAUUUCUUAAACUGAUGAAUGAAUUUUUCCCAAAAACGUUAAUAAAUCUUCAUGUAAAAUAUAAAUCAGAUAUAACUGAAAGUAAAUAAAGUUAAAAGAUUUAAAAUAUUCUCAAUUUCUCUCAAGGUGAAGGUCGUUACCAACAAGUCGCCAUGGGAACAGUUGAUGACAUGUAAACAACACAAGCAAGAACAGCUCAAGUUUUUCUGUGAAAAAUGUGAAAAAUUAACUUGCCGUGAUUGCCAACUGAUGGAUCACAAAGAGCACAAAUAUCAAUUUCUUGAUCAGGUAACUUUAAAAAAAACAAAAGUUAUGUCAUAUAUAUAUAAAGUAUAACUUUAUGAUCGGUUUUACAUAAUUCUUUCACCCGAGAAUAUUCUCUACCUCCAUUUAGAACAUAUUCAAAAGUAAGCACCCUUUUCCCAAUCAAGAGAGGGGUUUGGUAGUGGUAGAGUGCUACACAAUUAAUCAGUGAUGUCAACAUCAAAACAAAAGGUGGAGGUAAGGUUGCAUACCUUAGAUCAUGGUAACAAAACCUAGGUCAACACUAGGGGUGUGCCGGAAUCCGUUUCCGCCGGAUUUUGCACUAUCCGGUGAAAUCCGGUUCCGCCGGAUUUACAUGUAUUCGGAACAACCGGAAUCCGGAAUAUACCGGUUUUCGGAAUUUGCCAGAUUUUGUGACUCACCGGAUCCAGACCUGUUCACUCUUACGAUUUUGGCGUACAAUAUACGAUUUUUAGAUGUCUUUUAUGAUUGUACGCCAAGACCCUCCAAAACUACGAUUUUCAGAGACCCGGUGGAAAAAAUUUUCCCCCGAUUUAAAAAAAUUAAUACAUUUUCGGGUUUGGACGUUUUAGCCUUCUCUAAUGAAGAUCUGGCAGUGAAUAUGAACGAGAAAAACGAUUGGUUGGAUUUUUUUUUUUUUUAAAGUUGGGACCAUCCUUAUUAUAUUUCGAAAGCACUCAUGGGGACUGGGGGAGGUGGGGUUGUUGAUGACGGAAAUUGUGGCAUACGAGACACGCAUGGGUAGGGGAUUGGUGGGAGUGUCAAAGGAUAUAAAUAAAUAACCCCGACGUAUCGUAUUGACGGGAUCACAGUGAACUAGCUGGCUGCGUCAACAGUAAUAUUUAGACUUGUCGCCCUAGCGACACUUGUCGCCCUAGCGACAACUUCACCCGCCAUCGCCUUUGACUGCUACCAAGCGUGUGACGUAGUUUUGGUACAUAAUUAUUUUGUUCCUCAGAACCGCAGCGAUUGUAAAACUAGAGAUGGUUUUUAAAAUAAAAUAGAUGAUCCAACUGUUCUGCAGUGGAGCGUUGGAUUUUGGCAUACCAUGACGUAGUUUUGGUACAUAAUUAUUUUGUUCCUCAGAACCGCAGCGAUUGUAAAACUAGAGAUGGUUUUUAAAAUAAAAUAGAUGAUCCAACUGUUCUGCAGUGGAGCGUUGGAUUUUGGCAUACCGGUAUUUUAUAAGAUCCAGUCAGCGACAUUUACAAAAUAUUUUCAUAACUGGCAAAUCAGCUCUAUGCCUUCAACGAUUUUAAUACAACAGUUUGAUAUCACUACCAGGGUUUCUUUCAGCUAUAUCUCCCACACGAUCACGAUACAUUAAUCGAUUGUUUCGAGCGUUGAGCUUGUUUAAUGUUUAAUAUUCCGAACAUACCAGAGGCUAGAGUCAGCACCGCUAAUAGUGGCCAAUCGGCCCAAUCCCAUACAUGAUAGUGCCAACUGUUCAGAAGGCAUCCAACCCCUCAGAUUUAGCGGUAUCUGCAAAGUACCAAAAUCCGGAUCCGGCGGAUUUCGCAUAAGAAAAUCCGGAUCCGGUUGGAAAAAACGGAUCCGGCACACCCCUAGUCAACACACAGGCUAUAGGUACUACAACAUAAAAAUUAAUGCUUAUUGGUAUAUUAUUAAUAGGAUUUCAAACAUGCCCAGAAAGAGUGCAGCUAGGUGGGAUUUGCCAGUCAUCAUUAAUCCUUUUUAUUCCUACUUGUAAGUUAAUACAAAGCUUAUAUACUUAAGGGGAAACAUUCAGGAGUUAUGAAUUGGGGGUAUACACUAGGGGUGUGCCGGACCCCGGUCCGGAAUCCGGUUCCGCCGGAUUUUGCACUAUCCGGUGAAAUCCGGUUCCGCCGGAUUUACAUGUAUCCGGAACAACCGGAUUCCGGAAUAUACCGGAUUUCGGAAUUUGCCAGAUUUUGUGACUCACCGGAUCAUAAUCUGAAAUAAAAGUAAUUCUCUUUCCCGAAUUUCACACGAUCACGAUACAUUAAUCGAUUGUUUCGAGCGUUGAGCUUGUUUAAUGUUUAAUAUUCCGUACAUACCAGAGGCUAGAGUCAGCACCGCUAAUAGUGGCCAAUAGUGUAGGGACUUUGAUAAGAAAAUUUAAACUUUUUGUAAAAAUAAACCAAUGGCAUAGUUGAAAAGAUGUAAUUUUUUAAAGAAUUAUAACACCAAAAUCAUAUUUUUAGCUGUUGUAGUUUUAAAGUUAUGAAUUUUUAAAGUACGACUUGGUUUGUCAUUUUUUAACAUGGACUGCAUCUCCACAUUCUGUGAUCUCAUUCCACCAAUCCCGUCAUGCGCAAUGACUAUAUAGUUUAUAUAAGGCAACGCAUUCCCUGCCUUAUCACUAAAAUACUGUUUAGACUUAGUUUAAACUUUCAACUUUGGCACAUGAAUAAUUAAUUAAAGCUUUCCCUGACCAAUGGUUUAAUAGUUUUUGCACACGGCAAACUCUUAUGAAUGAAACUCUGAGGUAGUACUACGAUACAGUUAUGCAAGUGGCUGUGAAUGGUUGCCAAUGACAACGUGUUGCACACGGUAAAUUCUGAUCAUUUAUAAUAUGGAUUCUACCGGGUUGUUAAAGCUCAAAUUAAAACAUUCCAGUUUAAAUGUCUUUAAAUGCAUUCUGAAACACAAGUUAUCAAUUAUUUUGAUGUAAAUAGUGAUAAUAAAUUAAUAUUUCCUAAGUAUCGUCAACUUCCGCCAUUAAAAAGGGGGGCGUGGCCAACCCCAUGGCGAAAUUAGGUUGAGCGAGCUGCAUAACCUGCUGCGAACGCGUAGAAACAUGGCGUCUCUCGUAAGACACUUAUCCAAAUGGAACGGAACUCAAAUAUAUAUCGAAAGUACUAAUUUAAUAAUAAAUAGACACACACAUCGGAAAAUUAAAAACUCGGAUUUUUUGGCGCCGAUUGCGAAUUCCCAUACACAAAAAGUAGUAGUCCACCUUGACUUACCGAAGUAUCUACCAAUAGUACCAAAAUCCGGAAUCCGGGAGAAACCGGAAUCCGGAUCCGGCGGAUUUCGCAUAAGAAAAUCCGGAUCCGGUUGGAAAAAACGGAUCCGGCACACCCCUAGUAUACACACUACAAUUUAAUAGGGCCAUGAGAGAUUUUUGUAAGCUGAAGUAAAUCAAUACAUAAAAUUCUCUAGGUAUGAAAGCAAGUAUGGUGUAUUGUUGAGUUCAAAUAGUGUGCAAAAUAAAAUUCGCAAUAACCUUUCUAAACGAAACUCUUAUAAAUACACCUAGUUUGAUUAAUGCAAAAUAUUUUUUGUAUUACGGAAAUUGAAAGUCUUAAUUUAAAUAUGGUAAUAAAUCUUAGGUGUAAAAGCGGGUGGGACAUUAGCACAUUAAUAUAAUUCAGGGGCGUGAAAAAAGGUGAGUGACGUACGUGGAGGAGAGGGGGGUGUAGCACUGAUUAGGAUUCUUAUAAAAUGCUUUUACUGAAUGCAUGUUUUGUCAAGUAAAAUUAUGGGAAGUUAACACAUUGCAGCCGCCAUUGUUUGGUGGGCUAUAACUAGUAUUGUUGAAUUCAGUAGAUAUGCAAACAUUAAUUUUUGUUUUGUUUGGGUAAAAGAGUUAUAUAGCCCCAAGAACCUGUCUGGUACCACUAUGCAAGAUUAUCAUAAUCCCACCCAUUAUGUGCUACAUUCUGACUGCAUUUAAGGGCUGAAAUUGCGUUCCAUGAUUUUUUAUAUAUUUUUUUUAUUAAUGCCUACUUGACAGGUUCUAUUUAGGUUAGCCUCAGGUUUUUGCCCUACUAUCCUGCUUUACUUACCUAAAAUGGUAAUUUAAGCCCUUGACAACAGGUUUUGGUUACUGAACUCAGAUUUUUGUGAAGACAUAUAUUAUGUUGGGGAUAUGGUUAUAUACCAAAAAUGGCUGUAAAAGCUUUUAUUGAAUGAUGUAAAAAAUCACCCAAGUACACUUGUUGGGUCUUAAACUCAACUAGAAGGUUAAUAAAUGGACAUGUUUAAAAUUUGAUUGAGAUUUAGAGAACAGGAUGAGGAAGAUUAAAGCAUUAAGGUGAAUAGGGAUGUAAUAAAAUGAACAGUCCAGUUAAAGCUAGCUGACAGGUGUGUCAAGAAACAUUGCAACUGCUUUACAGAGCCUUAGGCAGACCUUCCUCAUAAUCUUGUAUAGUUCUUAUUAAACACCCCUUCCCAAGAGUAGUAUUUAAAUCGUACUUAAGUUUUAACAUUUUAAAAAAUGUAUUGAACUGUAACAACAAACACCCCCCCACCCCCCCCAGCUUUAUAUGAUUGUUUUAGACAACACAAAUUAUUAUUGUUAACUAAGUAGCUGCGGUGUUCAAGCCUGAAACUAUACAUUUUUUUAAUGCAAGUAACGAUCACAGAAAAUUAUACAACCAGAAGAACCAGAUAGAAUUUCUAAAUCCUCACUUUUAACAUUUAAAUUGAAGGGCGCAAUUUUUAAGAACUAGAAAGCACUCACUUUAAAAAAACAAACUUUUUUUUUCUUUUUUGGGGUAAAAAUUGGAUGCUUAAUUAAUUUUUAUUACAGUCAUGAGGGUGCAACAAGCUGUUAAAAAAAAUAAAAAAAUAAAUUUUAGUUUGAUUAGACAGGUCUGGUGUUCAGUAAAAAAAAUUUCCGUGGGGGUUGUGAUGGUUUGGAUAAUGUACUAAAGUUAUAAUACAUGUCUUAUUUGUGAGUGCGUAUCUUGAUCAUAAUCUUUCCCAUAACAACUAGAGUGAGAAAGAUUUAUGUGGCAAAUCUGUUGGCAGAUUUUCUUCUCUACAGACUAAAGUUCAAGUCUCUCUCUUAAGUUUUAAACUACUACAUUAACUACAUUAUCUUGUUUAUUAUUAUUUAAAAAAAAAUAUCUUUUUGAUAAUUAAAAAUUAUUAAAAUCUCAUUUACAUGAUUGGUGGCUUAAGUCCAUGCAUUUGUUUAAUCUUAUGUAUAUGUAAUAUCAGGCUGCUGAGCAGUACAAGGCAAGAUUGAAAGGGAGCCUGGCUCUGAUGGGGGAAAAAAGAACCAAACUUGCCGCUAGUAGAGAAGAGAUUGAGCAGAAAUUAAAUAACUGCAAGGAGCAGAAGGACAAUUUACAACAGGAGAUUCUUAAGCAAGCUGAUAUCCUGGUUAAGGGUAUUCGACAGGUGAGAUAAGCAACACGUUACUUUAUGAACAUGGCAUCACAUGACAUUCUUUUUUUUUUACACUAUAAACUACCCUAUUUACAAUUAUACAUGGCUAAUUAAGCAGUCAUCUAUGAUGAGCUAUGUUGAUUGCUAGUGGAAAUAAAUAAAUAAAACUUUUGUGUGUAAAUAUCUACAUUUUAGUAAUUUCUUGUGUGCUUAACCACAUUUUAUUCCUUCUAGAAAACGUAAUGAGACAAAUAGUUAUUUGAAGUUGAAGUUUAAAUAUAUUUAUAAAGAUUUACGGAGAAACUUUUUGUCCACAAAUUCUCAUGGAUGUACCUUGAGACUAAAACAGUAUAUGAAAAGGGAAACAUACAUUUUUAUAGUUCCUUUAUGUGACUUGCUCAUUGAUUCGCAGGCUGUCUGGGGCGUCCUAUCAAACUUGGCCUCUUUCACAGACGCUGCAACAAAACGUCUCAAUAAAGAAAUAGAUGAUGUGUCAGACCUGGUUGGAAAAUUUGACCAUUGCAUUCAGUUUAUGGAAGACAUCCUCAGUGAAGGUUCCAGUAUGUCACUGCUCUAUUCCAAAGGAAAUGUUGAGACUAAAUGUCGCAAAGUUUAUCAUACUCAGGUAUGGCCCACAACAUGUAGAUAAGGAAUGCACUUGAGAAGUUCUAUCAUUGUUAAUGAAGAAUUAGGAGACCAGAAUAGUUGAUACCAACUUAUUUAUUAACAAAAUUUUGUUUGCAGUUUGUUUGUACAAACUUUAAAUAAUUUUGUAAGAAAAAUUUCAGUAUUGCCUCUUAUUUUAAAAGAAAUAUCAUUCUUCAUAUCAUAUAUUAUUCCUGUCAAAUAGGUGGAUCCCCAGUCUCUAAAGGGCACUUUGCUAAUACAGUACAAACAUGAUGUCAACUGGUUGCUGGGAAACCUCAAUAAAAUUGGAGCCAUUUUCGUCAACGGUGUCCGCUACCCACCAGACAAGAACGGAGGCCAGGCUGCCAGACAGGGACCCAGCGGUGGCUACCAAGAAAGCCGCUCUGGUGUGAUGAGUGCGACCAGCCCACACCUACAACACAUGGCCAAUCAGGUAAUUAAACUUGACAUCCUUUUCAAAGAUAAACCCUGCCUUGAUUUAGUUUAUGGAAACGGUAAGCUAUGUCUACAACAUUGACAAGCGUGAAAAGUCUGUCUUUAAAACUUUCUUUCAGCCCAUACCUGGACAAAGAGUACCGGCAGACUGGUCUAAGUUUAUCCAGUCGGCAUCCAAGCCCCCAGCUCCUCCAAACAUUUCCAUGAGCUCUCUAGGUGGAGGGGGGUCCUUGCCCCCCCAACUCACACUGCCUGCCAACCGUAGACCACAGAGUAGCAGCAUGAGUCACUCAUGGCAAAGUAAGUUGUGUGAUAAUUUUGAGUUUAAUUAUAUUAAGUGCCUUUAUACAACUCUUACAGUCUAAGAUUAACACAAAAAAAAUCACAUUGGUGCUGAACAAUAGACAAUUAAAAGAGAAUCUAUUUGAAAAGAAAUAAAUACUAACGUAUGGCUGUGGCAUGUGUAGUUUGACACUAGCUGCCGGCUCUGUACAAUAUUUAAAAAAAAAAUUAGAUAAUGUUCUCCAGAGAUAGAUUAUUCUUAAAAAAAUUUAAUGUAUAAAUAUUUUCAGCUCCUCAGAGCCUUUCCACUUUUCCAGGCCACUUUGUUGCAGGACAACUCUUGACUCCACAUCAGCAGCAACAGGUAAAAAAAAAAUUAUAAAACCCACCGUCUGUUUAAUAUGUUCAUAAGAGCUAUCAAAGAUAACAAAAUUAAUUUUCUUUUGUUUAGUUCUAGUGCUUGUUUCAAAUAAUAUCAGCACACUUCUUGAAAUUAAGGGGCUUAUAAAAAAUUUAGAAGUAAAGGAAAUUUGUGUUAACAAUUAAUUUUGGACUUGAAAGCAUAUAUAAAAUUUUGUGAUUUUCAGGCUGCAAGGCCAGCAUUUACGCCAAUGAGAUUACACCACCGACCAGCCACACAGCCUGCUUUUCCUGGACAAAUUGACCACAGUAAGCACUUUGUCCCACAAUAAUGAGAAUAAAAUACUUUAACUGAUCCAAAGAAAUGACUAUUUCUUUUUUUUUUUUUCAUUCAUCAAAGAUUUUUUUAUAGUCUUGAAAAUCCUAUAGUUUUUUUUUGUUGUUUUAUGAAAUUAGUCUAUAGCAAAUCUUUCAAAUAAGGUUGCGGUAUGAAUAACUGUUGAGUUUCCGAGUGUGAGUUGUAAUUUUGAAGAGUCAUGGCUUUUUUUUUGUUGGCUCCAGUAAAUUUUUCAGUUAAGAAUUGCAUAAUUAAUUAGUUACAUCAGUUUUUUAAUGCUCAUCUAACAAGUUUUGUCAUUGUAACUGCUUUAUUAACAAUUUAUGUCUUCGUAACUGGGAUAUUAACAAGUUAUGUCAUUGUAACUGCUCAUUAACAAGUUAUGUCAUUGUAACUGCUCUUAUAUAUUGAAUUUGUCUACCACUUUUGACACCAGUGUAACAGUCUUCAUAAUUGUAUGGAUGUUCCCUUGUUUGCUACUCUUGGUUAAAUUAUGCACAUGACUCACCGCUUUCUAAAUACUGAGCUCCUGUUUUGCACACUUCAUUUUUAUUAAAUUACUCACAGAAUCACAUCAAAUAUUAGAACAUAAAAUAAUAGCUCCUCCAACACCGUAGAAUAAUAGAACAAUCAUAACACAUCAUUGGGAAGCUCAAAUAAUAAUUAUAUCCUUGGAUAAUAGAUGAAGGCAACCUCUCUCAUAAUAAUUAAAUAUAGAUAGCUGACAAUCAGUGAGGACUACAGAGUAUUUACUACUAAAAUAUGAAAAGCUCAUUCUCUUUUAUCAUCUGGACACCUGGAGUUUGAGUUGUUUAAUUUUUCUACGUUGUGCUUCGUCUGUCCCAAUGCCUAGAUACUUAAAUAUAAAUCACAGAGAGGAGCGGUCCUGUACUGACCACUUCUAAAUCAAUAGUUUGUGAUAAGUCAGGACCGGAGCCCUCCUCGGUAACAACCGUUCUGUGACAGACAGUAUUGUUAUAAAGAAGUCUGUUUUUUUAAAGAAAGGUUUUGAACAUUAUUUUUAUUUCUCUUAGGAUCACAGUCCAUGCACAGUCCACCUCAGUACCGCAUGGGAGGAGAGGCUAGUGGCACACCUCGUUCUGCUCACAGCACCCCCGAUCCAGCAAGACCAGCCAGUGCUGGAAUGUAUGACGGCUCUGUCAGGCCUGAUAGGUAAGAAAAACACAAUUUUACUGAAUUAUUUGGCUUCGACAAGUUUCAAUAGCAUUAUUAUGAGAUAAUUCUCAUGCAUACAUACUGGCUUGUCAAAUACGGAAAAAAAAUAUCAUCAUACUGCUUCUUAAAGUCUCCAAAUAAAAUAGUUACAAUCUUCAAUGUUGGGGUAAAGUUUUAAGGACAGUAAUGAAUUAUUUAAUAUAGAAGUUGUAAUACACAUUGGACUUUCUUCUUCAUUAAUCUUAUCCAAUAUCCACAGUGGAGGUGGUUCAGCAAUGGUUGAUGUCAAGAAAGAGAAACGGGAUCAUUCUCCAGAUUGUGUCAUCAUGGCUACCAGCAUGAAGACUGAGAGAUCUCCAGCAUUUCAAACAAGUCCACUGGUGAGUUGA